AUGGUGUCUGUUAUUGUGUUGAGGCUGUUCCUCCUAUUCUUUAUAUUCCCCAAUGGAAGUGUUGCUCCUGUCACUAUUAAAAGUAUUGGUUCUAAAAAAGUGAAAACGCAAGCAGGCCAGUACAGGGGUGUUCUAGUGGAGUUUCCAAUGACUCAGUUACGUCCAGUGGAAGCGUUUAACGGAAUACCGUAUGCUACUUUACGGGAUGGUAAACUAAGAUUCAUUCCUCCCGCCAGUUUCAUAAGAAACAGAAACAAAUUGAUUGAACUUAGUCCUACGAAUGGCAGCAUUGUCUGUCCACAAAAGAAAUUUGACAAAAAAACAUUCAUAAAACAGAUGAAUGAUGGCAGCUUCCGCCGAGUACAGCGAGUGAUGUCACAAAACCACACCCGCAAAGAAGAUUGCCUGUCCCUCAGCGUCUAUGUGCCUCAAAUAGGUAAGCUCUCCCAUUCCACUUCCGGAGCAGUCCAGCAGCUACGCUGA